CUUUUGUUGCAGGAGCGGUUUGCGUUUGGAGAACCAAUCCGCCCGAUAUGCUCUAUGAAUGCAGUCAUCAAGAUAGCAUCAACCGAGGGCAGAAACACAAAUCCUGCUUAGGUUGUGUCUGAGUGUGUUUGGGUGCAGAGAAGUGUACAAGUGUGUGUGUGUGAAAGUAAAAAAGAAGAAUCCAGCGAUGGCUACCAGUAAAAGUAAAAACCAGAGCUCUCUGGCACUGCACAAGGUGAUAAUGGUGGGCAGUGGAGGUGUGGGGAAGUCAGCCCUCACCCUGCAGUUCAUGUAUGAUGAGUUUGUGGAAGACUACGAGCCCACCAAGGCGGACAGCUACAGGAAGAAGGUGGUUCUUGAUGGGGAGGAGGUCCAGAUCGACAUCCUGGACACAGCUGGCCAGGAGGACUACGCUGCCAUCAGGGACAACUAUUUUCGCAGCGGGGAGGGCUUCCUGCUAGUCUUCUCCAUCACAGAGCAUGAGUCGUUCACUGCCACCGCUGAGUUCAGGGAGCAGAUCUUGCGGGUGAAGGCAGAAGAGGAUAAGAUCCCUCUCCUGCUGGUUGGAAACAAGUCAGACCUGGAGGAGCGCCGGCAAGUGUCUGUGGACGAGGCUCGAGGGAAGGCUGACGAGUGGGGCGUCCAGUAUGUAGAGACAUCAGCCAAAACCAGAGCCAACGUUGACAAGGUAUUCUUUGACCUGAUGCGUGAUGUACGAGGCAAGAAAAUGUCAGAAAACAAAGACAAAAACGGAAAAGGAAAGAACAAGAAGAACAAGAAGAGCUUCAGAGAGAGAUGCUGUUUACUUUGAACUCCUCAUGGACCUUAACAACCUACAAUACAACUGCAAAGAUGGGGAACAAAGCAGAGUGUCCCUGCCAUUGUCAUUCAAAUGAAAUUUGACCUUUUUAAAUAGCUCAUCAUAGUUUAGUGUCUAGAACAAUUUCAGCCACUUUUUUGCCAUUUUUAAUCGAUGAAAUCUGACUUGCUGUUUCAUUGGAAGAUAACCACUGUUCUGACUGUGACUUGGACUGCAGUGCUUGAUGGCUCAAAGUAAGCCAAUGACCAAACUGCCACUGACACUAACUCUGCUGCUCAAGACAUUCUCCACUGUUUAACUCAGCGAUUAUACUGCCUUUGACUUUGGUUCAGUGUGUUUUACACCAGAAUUGUUGAGUCUUUGUCAAGUUAACAGUGCUCUUACUUUCUUUACCUUCUCUUAUUCUUAACCUGCAUAAUUAUUAUUAGUCUAUCGUAAUAUAGACCAUUGCGCUUAUGUUAAUCAAUUUACAAGGAACUCUAAUGCUGCUGUCUGUCACAUUUGUAAUCAUUUAUGAUGACACUUAACGUCGUGUCCAUUGAAGAUGUUGGCCUCAUUCAUUUAUCUGUCCAAACUCAUAUCUUCAUGACUGCAAAGCAUGUUUGAAUGGCUGUUGAAACUGAGUUUAAAUGUUUUCAUUUCUCAGCCCUUGAGGCUGCUUUUAUCCAAGAAUUUCUGAUUUUUUUAAAUUUUUUUUUUACCAUAGAAGAAACAGACAGUGCAAUCAAAGGACUUGUUGCCAAACAGGGUUAUUUUCUUCCAUUGUUAUCUGGCCUUACAUGAUUAAAUCAAUCAUAAGAUGUUUCACAGUUUUUCAGGAGGACUGCUGCACAUUAAAUUCCUUGGUGACAAUAAUCAGAAAACCCCCCAAUUUCUGGUGAUGGCUUCUUGUGAAUAUUUUAACAUUUGUUAGAUAUUUUGAAGAUGUGAAAAGAAGACUGUUAUGCAGUUACUGUUAUUGUGUUUCUCUACUUUAGUCGACUAAGCAGUGACUGAAGGGAGAGAGGAGACUUGUUCUUUUUUUUUCCUCUCUCUGCCAUAUUGAUGUAAUCUGGCCCUUCCCACCAUUCUCACAGUGCUGUUUACUUUCUGAAGUUUGGAGUCUUUUCUGGUUCUGCACUGUGAGAUAGGUGUUGACAAUCCAGGAGGCCAUCAUGUUUCUGAUCAGUAAUUAUUAAUCUUAAUACUUCUGUUAUUUUUGUUUUGUGGUCUUUUGGAGAACAUGCACUACAUUGCCAGUACCUAAGAAGUGUAGAUUUUUAAACAGUUUGUGCCAACAAAAUUACAAAAAAUCAAACUAUGUUUGUGGAUGUAUAGUAUGUAUGUUAAUCAGUGUGUGUGCAUUUAACAGAAAAUUUGACUACCUUUCUGUGUCUGUGUGAGUGAAGCUUUGACAAACUUCUUAACUGUUGUUUCAUCAAGUGCUACGGUAAACAAGAUGUUUCCAACAUUGUGUAAACCAUCCUUUUUAACAUGUCCUCCCUCUUUCUUUUACUUCCUACUACUGUGAGUAUGAUUUUAUCUCUCUGCAGUGAGAGUGUUGCUGAAUAAAUGCUUUUUUUCUUUGUAAA